AUGAGACAGUGAUAUGGUUGCCCAUGUUGGAGAUUUCGGUCUAGCUAGAUUUCGUGCUGAGCUCACAACUCCUAGUGCAAGUAGUUCAACUGCAAUGUGGGAAACCAUUGGAUAUGCAGCUCCAGAGUAUGGUCUCGGAAGCGAGAUGUCAGCUAGUGGAGAUGUUUAUAGUUAUGGGAUCUUAUUGUUGGAGAUGGUAACAAGGAGGAGACCUACGGACAAAAUAUUCGAGGCAGACCUUAAUCUUCAUAACUUUUCAAAGAGUGCCUUCCCUGAACGUGUGGUGGAGAUUGUAGACUCCAUGCUCUUAACUGAGGAGAGACAUGGCAGCAAAAUAGUGGAAUAUCUGAUCCCCAUCGUAAAGAUAGGACUAGCAUGCUCCGCAGAGUCCCCUAAAGACCGAAUGAGUAUAAAUAUUGCACUCCAAGAGCUUCAUCUGGUCAAGAAGAAUAUUCUGAAGGUCAACAUGGAUAGCUAGACAACUUUGGAAUCGAAGCAAGCGGGCAAUAACCUUUGCAAUGCCCACCGUGCCCCUGAAGUAUUUAUUUAUGCAAGCCUUGUUUAAGCUGAGCAAAUAGUUUGCUGUGCCGGGAGGCUUGAAGCUUCUUUAUAGAAAUGAGCAAUGCUUGAACAUUAACACACCUUAAGCUCAUGGAAUGAAUCUCUCCAUUUCUAUCAGUGGCAAGGCAUCAAAUGUUGUCGCGGACACGAACGAGUCACCAUUAUAGACCUCAUGUCCAGAAGUAUCACGGGUUCUUUGUGUCUGUACCAAAAAUAUAAUGGACCCCACGCUUGAUGUGAGUGAGUUUGUGUGAUUGUGUGUGCAAGUGUUUGAGGUAGUAGCAUUAUUGAAAAAAUACUUACACAUACACCUCCACAGCUAAGAGUUUGUCAUUUGUCAACCAUUCACUAAAUUAUUGUUAAGUGAUGGAAUUACUCAUGUUAGGUAAUCCCUGUCCCCAAGACUAAUCGCGCCAAAUUUUGCAAAUAAUCACAAGUCAACACCUGGAAACUAAUUACAAAAUCAAAUGUAAAAUUCUUCAAACUAAAGAAACUCAUGAUGUUAGCUCGAGUUCAGUUACACAUGUGAUUGGCCAUUUUUGAAUCAGGUUAAGAAAGGACCAGUUUGCUGAUUCGGUUAUGUGUAGCUCGGGAUCUGUUGAAAGGCCAAUGGUUGUUGCAGCUUGGUGGUGGCAUAGUGGUGCGUGGAAUUUUCACCAAGGUGGAGAUUGUUGGGAUGGUUCGGGUUCCCAAUGGUGUUGGUUCAAAUUCCACCCAAGUCAAAGUCUUGCAUAGGUUUAAUUACUCUCUGGUUUCCCGAAAAGUUAGCUGGUGUUGGCUGGUUCCUAUUUGCCGUGUGUGGCCUUCAAACUUCUUGCUGGGAACAUGUAUUAUGUAUUUAAUGCAUGGGUUUGGUGGGUGCUUAUAUAUUGGCAUGAGGAAGGUAUUUUUCGGGACACAGAGGGAGAGAGUGGAAGAAAAACAGUUUGUGGGGGCAGCUCCUUACAGUAAGUAUUGUGUGUGCAAGGUCUAGUAAUUGGUGAGAGUGUGUUCUUGUAUGAGUGAGUGUAUAAGGAUUGUGGGUGGGUUAUUUCAUACUCAAGUGUACUUGUACAGAAAUUCUCAUUGUGAAAAGAACGAGAUCCUCUCCGUGGAGUAGGCAGAUUUUUUUCCGAA